GAGGCUAAAUUCAAACUUAAGCAGAAGAAAUGGAAGAGAAAUCAAGAAGGAGAGCGUUUGAGAGUGCGGAUAUGACUGUCAUCAAAUAUAGUUACGCUGUCGAGGCUUCCAACAACAGUUGCAAUAACAAACUUAAUCACGUCGAUCAAUGCGAAACUCAAGCGGACUCGAAAGUUUCAACAGAUGGAGCGUUAGCAAGAAACAAUUUCUGCCAUAUCGAUGAUCACGAAUCCUCACAACACUCACAGGUGGAACAUGUGUGUUUACUUGAUAGCAUUGGUUUUACCGCAAGGCAUGUGGCUGUUGUGGAGUCUUGUAAUGCUCCAGAGGACAAAGAAAAUAUUAACAGCACAGAAGAGUCGAGAACAGGACAACGCGAUGAUGGUUCUGAUCCAGGUUGCCAGCAAACUUGCACUUUAAGCAGUGGUUCCAGCAGUCAGCAUAAUAGUGAAACUAAAGCUGUUCCUGCACACAAUAUUGAUGAUGAAGAAAUAUUCAGAAGAGCAAAAGAGGAGGGACGCGUGACAGUUGUCUACCCAGGACGACUCACACAGGACGGCUGCUGUAGAUUUGUCUGUGAGCUUCUUAAGUGUGUCCUUUUUCAGAGGCAACAGCUACCCAUGACUUAUGACCAAAUGGUGGUCCUUCAGAAACAACAGCAUAAUGCCACACAGACAGAGGGUUUGGUGAACCAUCGGCCUGUGAAGACCUCAGGGGGGUUGGACUGGCGUCGUUGCCAGCGGACAUUGCAGGAGCUGGAUGAAGUUCUGGCCCACCUUGAAGCCCUGUUUUCUCUUAGCCAAGUCCCCCGUGUGCUCUUCAUGCUGGGAGGGUCUACCAUUCUCCCCACCGAGCUAUACGAGGUCAACAUGGAAGCUGUGGCCACCGGGGCUGGAGAAAACAGCCUAAGGACUUCAGCAUGUCUAAGACAGCUCUUCCGCACGCUGUUUGUGGCCGACCUUCUAUCGGAUACGAGGUCUGUGCGUAUCAUGACCACCACCAUCAUGGCUCUGGGUCACCGGGAUUGUGGCGUUACUGGGUUCAAACCAAAAGUAGAUUUCAAGGUUCCCACAAAAGUGAAACAACAUGUCAUCUCUAUAGCCAGUGAUUUGUCACUCGUUGGGGAGCUACAAAAAUGUAACCGAGAUGACCUGGAGGAUUAUGUAUGGUUUCAGGUUCCCAUCACUGUCAAAGGUUUCUGUAAAUGAAAAUUAAGUGUGGCCUAGACAGACAGGGAAUAAAGACAUAUUUCAGGGAAUGUUGGAACAUGAUUCACUCCAUUCUCAGGGAUCACUGUGUCUGUAUUUUGGCUGUUGUUUUAUAUGCUUUGUUCACAAAUUAUUUUUUUGGAUGCUUUAAACCCUUAGAUUAUUUAUGACCAGUUUACAUGAUCACAAUACAUUUUUUAUCUUUCACGGUAUAUAACAGGAUAUCUUAA